AUGCAAACCGGUGCUGUGAAAAGUUUUGUACAAUUUCUCUCAAUUAUCGUGCUAUGGAGCUCGGUGUACGCUAUUAAAAUUCAACAAUUAAACGUGCCGCGUUUAACAAGGCUUCCCGUGGAAGAAUUAAUCCUGGAUUGCGUUUAUGUUAUGGAGGAGCACGAACGUUCCGACUUGUUGACUGUAAAAUGGUUUUUUAAUCACGAAACGAAUCCAAUUUAUCAGUGGAUAGCGAAUUACGAGCCCCGAGAAAAUGGAAUAUUAAAAAAUCGCUUGGAUCUUCAAUAUUCUCCUAUCGAUAGUCCUCGUUGUUACAGAGCGCUAAAAAUUAAAAAAGUAAAUGUGGAACUUACGGGAAAUUAUACUUGUGUAGUAUCAACGCUGGAUGGGGAAGAUGCGAAAACUAAACAAAUGGUGAUUUUAGCUGGCGGACUUCGAUGCACUUCAAGUGAAUUUCUAAUUUUUUGUAUGUUCGUUAUUGCAUUAUUAGGUAAUGUAAGUAAUUAUAGUAUUUGUAUGGAUUGA